AAUUUCUUUGUAUUUGAAAUAAAUUAUGAAGUAUUGAGAUAAUUAAUGGUAUAACGUUAUGCAUUAAACUAACGCUUUUAGGAAAGGAAUUCUAUGAAUCGAUAUGAACAUAGUUGACAUAUUUGCUGUGUCAUUGACUUUCCUGAGGCAGAACUGCAACAUUUCAAAACAAAUCGAGCAUUCCGCGCGCGCGCGAAAUUUCAUUCCUAUCAAUAAACCGUCGAGUUUAUUAUUGAUCGUCGUGGGACUAGGUCAUCAAGAUGAGUCUCAAAAACGGCGCAAAAAUGUCUCAACGCGAAAAAUUCGACUUAAUCAACUCAGAAGUGCGUUCUUUUUACGAAUAUUGUAAGGAAGCUGGGAUGAGUGAUGAAGAAAUGGAUUUGAUAUGUCGCCCCUUGACAAACGCUGUGAGAAAAUCCACCAUCAAAAGAUGGACAAGGGUGGUUCUCGUUUUGAUAAUGGGGAUGGCGAUCGGUUACACUGUUAGCCAGACGGAUACGUUUAAAUGGCAUGCUUCGGCUGUGGCAAGGAUUGUCCUGAUAAAAUUACUGCCUGUUUGGGACUGGACACCAUUGUACCAUAACAAGUGUAUGAUCGCGAGGCCAGAGCCGCCGAACGUGGAUGGGGGAGUGUCGACAACGGAUUGCAUAGCUUGCGAGGCAGUCAAAAGCAUCGCUCGUUUAUCCGAUACAUCGUACAACGAAGUCUUCAACCAUCACUUGCUGCGCGGGGCUCCGGCUAUCGUGGUGGACGCCCACUACGACUGGUCGUCCCGCGCCGAGCUCAACCUCACCGGCCUGAUCAGCGACGAUGACCGGCUGCGCGACUCCGUGCCCUGCAGGAUCCUCACCAACAUCAGAAUAGGACGGCAGCCCAUGGACUUGGAAGAAAUAGUCUCACGAAUAACGAACACAGACAUACCGAGCUGGUUCGUUCAUUUCCAGAACUGUGACAUCCGCGCCGUCAAGUCCUUUAGGAUCCUAGCGCCAAGACCUUACUUCCUGUCACCCCAUAUCCCGCCCUCGCAUUUCAACUGGUUGUUAUUGUCCAAAAACUAUGAUACGCAUAGAUACAAGUAUUUGGAGCUGGAUGUGGGACUGGUUAUCAUGUCUCAGUUGAAAGGGAAGACCUUUGUCCAGCUUCGGCCCCGCGCGCCCUGUGAGGACGACUGCUACACGCUCAGUUUUGAACUAGCCGAAGGAGAGACCCUCGUGUUAGCUAACUCCUUGUGGGAGUUCGAAUAUUUGCCUGGCAAAGGUGAAAACGUUGCCAUGAUCACGGAAACCGAUUGGAACGAAUCUUAAUAUAGGUCCUUAGAUAACUCGGCGUGAAUUGUCCUAUAUUAGUAGAUAACUUAAUGUGAAAUAUAUACCAUUUUAUCGAUAAAUAGGUUUAUUUUAUAAAAUAAACAUUGAGCAAAGUUAAUGCAUGGCGCAUUUAACAAAGACAACCAGGUUUACGAUUUAUCCGUUCAAAAAAAGCUAUCGAUGAAUUGGUUCACAUAUAAGCAUACUAAACUUAUACUUAAAAUAUAAGGUGUUCAGCAUUCAAAAAUGAAUAUCAGAAAUGUAGAAUGAUUGAAGAGAUUAUAAAAUAUUAUAGAUAGGUAUAUAAGCCCUAACUUGAAUGCAUGUAACUAUGUCUAGCUACUUUUUGUGGCCAGUCGCUCAACUUUUAGUUAAGGCGAGAAUUAAAGUAUAGGACACGAAUUGCUAUUAUAAUAUUUAAAAUUAUAAGUGCACUGCGUUGACACAGUAAAAGGAAAAGAGAUCUGAUGAGCAGUUUUCGCCAUCAGAUAUUUCGUGAAUCGCGAUAAAGAAAAACUGAAUAUUAGAUGCAUUGAUAGGCUUGUGUUAAUAAUUGUAACUGCUGAGGGCUAAGGAACGUGUCCACAUAUCAAAAAUCAAGUAAUUUCGAGUUCACUUCAGUAGUAUUUAAGGUACAUUUUCUUUCGACGGAGUGGUCGCACAUAAAACCCUAUCAUUGUACUCUUUGAUUGAGAAAAACGUUUCACGUUAUUACAAGUUUCUUGUUGGUAGUAACCUUAUUUAUUCCCAAAGUUUUUCGAAACAUUUUACGAUGUAUUUGUCCAACGGAAGCAGAAAUAUUUCAACAACCAGUAUCCAAAUAUGUGCGAUAACUCCGUCGUUAGUAUAAAAACGUAUAAUUAGAUUAAAUUUAAUUGGAACGACACACACAAUGUAUUUUCUGCACAAUGAUAUCGUAUUAGUAAGUAAUGUAAUGUUUUGGUCGAAUUUCGACUAUGAUUAAGUACCUCAAGUAUUAAUAAUGAUAUAUAAUUGAAGCAA